AUUACAAGAGUAUUGAGUUGACUUGCAUCUGUUCUCUAUUUAAUACAAACCAACAGCAAGUCCCGACCUAGGGAUAGAUAAUGUGAAGCCGCCUGGUUUUAACCUGGAACAACUCGAACUGCUUCGACCGCUGUCAAACGACGAAUUUUUAACAACGCGAUCCAGUGUAUUCGGUCACCGAGAAGACGCGACGUCCCAAGGUAGCCUCCACGAGAUCAUGGCUCGAUAGGUGUAUCCGCUCAAAUUGCAAACAAACCACAAUGGCAUCGCCUUCCUCUUCCCAGCCGCCGAGCUCCCGCUGGUCAAGUCCGCACCGGUCCUCAGUCAUCGAAGAGAUUCUAGCCGACGACAGGAAUUCAGAAGCGCGGCAUAAACAACUCCUUGAGGCCGCGAAGAAGGAGCACGACCGUGUCAGGGAGGAUGCGGAGAGAGUAUAUCGUCAGCAACUGCAAAAGGAAGAGAGGCAACGGCUUCUCGACAAGAUACGGGAGGAGGAAGAAAGAGUCAGACGCGAGGAAGAACUUGCCGCAGAGCGUGUGAGGUUGAAUGAGAUCAAAUCGAAACAGAUCGUUAUUCCGCCUGCCUUACCUGACCCUAAGCCCCCUACCGCACCGACAGUCAAUGGAAAGACAGCUGCAGCCGUAACUGCCUUUCCGGCUGCCAAAGGCGAUGCCGUUCCACCUGCGCCAGGACAGACCAACGGUGUCAAGAUUCAGCAACCGACGGAGCCCGUAGCCCAGGCUUCAUCAAGUCUAUUCGGCACCAAGCCGCAACUGGGUGCCACAUCAGGCACACAAUCUUUAUUCCCGGCUUCCUCUGCUGCUCCUAACAAAGCACCGGAACCGGUGAAACCGUCAAGUUCGGCCUUGGGGAUUGGCAACCUGCUCAAUGGUGCACCCCAGACGAAUGGCAUCAAGACAGACUCUGGGGCGUCGCGUCCGCUCGCCCCUCCACCUGCCGAUUCAGUUCCUGAUCGAUACACUGAGAUACACAAGAAUCUCAAGCACUUGCGGAAGUCCAUGAUGGACCAGAGCAAAGCAAACGCAGCAGUGAAAGCACGAAUGGGCGACAUGAGACGAGAGAUCAGGAAAUCUGUCGGGCAACUUACCGUCUCCUCCGGAGCUCCGGGGACGAAUAAGACACAGCAACAAAAAAUUCUUGGCCUGCUGCGUGAGGCCCUCUCAAACCAGGUACAAUCCAAUCUGGUGGACCCCAAGGAUUAUGUCCUUGAGCCUCGAGAGCCUGUGGAGGGCGCAGUGCACAACGACCCCUUGUUGCCUUCAAUAUUCAUUUAUCUUCUGAACAUUUUCGCAAAAGCGGCUAUCUCUCAGUUCAUCAACGAGGCGGGAGCUAGACCAGAGACCGCCGAUCCGGUGGGUGUCUGCGUCGCCGCAACCUUUUCAGAGUUUGACUUCCUUUGGCGCGGCAAGUCGAUGAUCGACAUUCUGCUCGCCAAGUUCAGGAUCGUCUGCCCAGUUCUUUUUGGCUACCGGGGCAGUGAGAAGACGCAGCAGGGAAGAGAAAGGUUAGGCUGGUGGAAGGAUAACGGCCAGUGGGUUACGGAGCAACAGCACAUGGACCGCAUGACUGGCCUUGGAGCAGGCUUCGCCUCAAUAUCGCUCCGGAAGUUCGGACAAUCAAAGAAAGACAACCCUUACCCUGCGCGGAAUUACUGGACGGCCAUGGCAAGGAUUGUCAAUACGCCGCCAGACGAGAUUUCGAACACGCAGUGCGUCGUGUUAAAGUCAAUGAUUCAGAACUACGAACAGAAGUUCAUUGAAUUUUACGGCUCUGCGGCGAUCGCGGCCCUCAGGACGGCACUAGUCGAGUUUCCAGCAAAAGCACCGCAGAAAUCGGCAGCGGUCAAUUCAGUGGAGGUCCUAGCGCAGGUGCUUAAGAGGGAUACUGGCUUGGUUCUCCGAUAAACUUGUAUAUCAUAGUGUUACGGGAUAUGGUGGUAUGCAUGUGCUACGGCGGUCGGUCUUGUGGGUUUAGCAUAGAGGGCAGAAUCUCAGGGAAAGGGGGCCACAUUUGCCUUUCGCAAGAGGUCAGGGGCAGAGCUGCCUCGUGGAUUUCGGC